UCAAAUUCUUUUCCUCCAAUGUCAUCCUGCUUGUGAGAGGUCCCUCAUAGAAUCAAAGUUGAUAGUUUUCUUUUAUUUAAUCCAUUGUGUUAAAACCAACCGCCACGUCAAUGCGUUGCACUUAAAAUCGCAUGAAUUAUGGUAACCACCGACCAUUGCCAAUCCAAAAUCGACCAAACCAAAAGCUAACCAGAGGAAAGUUUCCCCGCCCACCCAGUUAGAAAACACUCUGAAUAAUCCGUAAAGCAAACCUAAAUCGUGUUAUAACCCGCUCGGAAAUACUACGAUCAAACAUGCCCAUAGGAAGCAUUAUCAAAAAGGCAUCUAGCUUCAUACUGGGUGACGAAAGAUUGGACAAGAAAAUCGAUAUUUCUUACGAAGACAACGAAAUCCUCUUCUGCAAGAAUAACGUUUGCAUUCAUCCGCCCACCAUCGCGAGGGAUGAAUCCGAUAUCCUACACAACCCCGGUUAUCUGACGUGCACGACCAAGACCUUUGUGGACCAGUACAACAGCGCCAAGAGGCCGACGCUCUUGCUCACCUGGAUACCGAACUCUUCGCUAUGCAAAUACACCAAUCUGAACGCCGAGGAUUGCCGGGGUCAGUGCAAUCCGAGGACCAGGUCCCCGGACUCCCGGAACGGCUACUGUCACGUGACCAUACCGCAGACGAUCCAGGAGCGGGACAUCCGGGAGGAAGAGGACAACGCGGCGGAGAUGCAGGAGCUGAAGAACGAACUCCAGCCACUGCUGGGUGGUCAAACCGCCUCCAUAGACGACCUCACGGCCUUGCUGAAGAACAACCCCAUCACAUCGGUGAACAUAACGAUUUCGAAUCCGCAAAUCGAGAACAGCAAUAUUUCGCAAUCGUUCAACUGCAUCACCAUCCGGCCAGAUGGAAAUAACUGCGCCGACUGCGCCAGUGGACCGGGCGUGUCGGACGGCCCAGCUUGCGACAACCCGAAGUGGACGACCCCGGAGCUCUUGGCCUUCAAGCACAACCUAGAGUUUCCGGACAGCGGUAAUUCGACGCCGGCCGAUCGCCAGAAACCGGUGAUGAAGUGUCGCCACUUUUCCGUUGACCUGAGCCAAAUGCGAUCGCUGCGCCUCUUCUUCAACGACGACAACUGCACUUCCGGGCAGCUGGUCAUUGCGUCGCGGGAGUCGCAGUACAAGAUACUGCACUUCCACUACGGCGGUCUGGACCACUUGGCCCAGGUCUUGCAUCAGUGGCACUGCUUUCUGCACAACAUCACAUCGGAAACGGGUCAGGAUAAGUUCGACCUGCCGUACAGGCACUUCAUGGUCUGCCGGCCGGAGGUCAAGAAGUCGGAGAUGCAUCCGGAUGAGGGGGAUGUGAAGAAGAUAACCACGAACUUCUUCUACGGCACACUGCUCAACGAGAAGGGCCAGAUCGAGGACGACUUGCUUCUCAGGAAAUGCGUGUUCUUCGGCGGCCUCGAGAAGAGCCUAAGGAAGACGGUGUGGCCUUUUCUCCUGAAGUGCUAUUCCUUCUCAUCAACGUUCGAGGACCGCGCAGUCCUCAUGGACAUUAAGCGGCAGGAGUACGAGGAAAUAACGCGAAAGCGUCUGUACUCCAUGUCCCCGGAGCAGCAGAUACACUUCUGGAAGACUGUGCAAAAUGUGGUCGAAAAGGACGUGGUUCGAACGGACCGCACUAAUCCCUUCUUCUGUGGCGAGGACAACCCCAACACCGAGGUCAUGAAAAACAUUCUGCUCAACUUCGCAGUGUACAACACUGGGAUGUCCUAUUCUCAGGGUAUGAGCGAUCUCUUGGCACCUGUCCUGUGCGAAGUGCAAAACGAGUCGGAGACCUUCUGGUGCUUCGUGGGCCUGAUGCAGCGGGCGUUCUUCGUAUGCACUCCCACCGACAGGGACGUGGACCACAACCUGAGCUACCUGCGGGAGCUGAUCCGGGUGAUGCUGCCGCGGUUCUACGAGCACCUGGAGCAGCACAACGACUCCAUGGAGCUGCUCUUCUGCCACCGUUGGCUGCUCCUCUGCUUUAAGCGCGAGUUCACCGAGGCGGUGGUCAUCCGGAUGUGGGAGGCCUGCUGGUCCAACUACUUGACAGACUACUUUCAUCUGUUCCUCUGUCUGGCCAUCAUCGCCGUCUAUGCGGACGAUGUGGUGGCCCAGAAUCUGCGCCCGGACGAGAUGCUGCUGCACUUCAGUUCGCUGGCCAUGUACAUGGACGGGCAGUUGAUCCUGCGCAAGGCGCGCGGCCUGCUCCACCAGUACCGCCAGCUGCCGAAGAUCCCGUGCACCCUGAGUGGCCUGUGCAAGCGUUGCGGGCCCGGGAUGUGGGACUCGGAGCAUCGUCCUGCGCUGGAAUGCGUGGGCCACAGCGAUGACGAAAAGUGCUCGCUCUCUAUUGACUAGUUAUCUAAAUUUACACUGUUUAAACUCAGCAAUAACUAUUGUUGGCGACUGAUAAUUCGUCAUUUACUAUUAGCACACAUUUUGCUUUGUAUUGAC